AUAUAACCACCAUUGAGCCCGUAGGUCAUUCCCUUUCUUCUAGACGUUGCCUUGACCUCCUAGAUCUCAGGGCAUGACACCAUCUGGAGACGAAUCGCGAGCCACGAAGAGGCAGAGAACGGAAACCGAGAGCUCAGAUGCCCCUACCGCGACUCCUGUGACGACGACGGAAGCUGCGCCCAGCGAGAAGCCAAAACGCAAGUAUACAAAGGCUACAAAGACGGCACCGGACCCUUCUUCUGUAAACGAGGAUGCCAAACGGAUUGCUGCUCGUUUAGUGUCGGAUCUUCUCGACAAGUAUUGUGACAACGAGAAGCAACUGUCUGUCAGUCGCCAGCACGAAACGGAGCAGGUGAAGCAGAUGCUUGAGGCUCAGAAGGCGGUAUCGGAGGCUCAGAAGGCGGCGUCAGAGGCUCAGAAGGCGGCGUCAGAUGCGGCUCUUCUGGCUGAAGAGGCCCGUCUCGCUACUUUGAAAUUCGCAUUUGAACACAAGCUUUCGCUAACCUCGCCUGAAACCAGCGGCGAGCCGGCUACCGCAACGCCUCAUUCUCAAGACCUUCCAAAACAACCUCAGUCUUCAGCUCAGCUUUCUCUGGCUUCGUCACAUGCUCAGCCUCAAUCACAUUCAGCGCAUCCAGCCUUUCAAUCUCUUCAGCAGCUCCAAUCACUUCUGUAUGCUCAACAAUCAAAUCAAGCAUUACCUCAGACGCAUCCUUACUCCCAGCUCUUUCCUCAGCAAUAUCCGCAGCCAGCACCAGCCCCUGUCCUCAAUAAUGCGCAGACUGUUGCUCAGCCAGGCGUUCUUCAAGCCUUUCAACACCAACUAGAUCAGCUCAUCUCAUUCCCUCCGGAAACGCAGUAGAUUCUCUCGGACGCAUUCCCCGUAUAAUAGCAUAAUUGUACUCCAAUGGACUUUUAACGACAAGGCAGUAGACUCUCGGACGCAUUCUCUGUAAUACUUUAAUAGCAUAAUUGUACUCCAAUGGACUUGUAAAGAAGCAUAUGCCGACCCGCUUGACGGGGC